UAAAUUUUCCACCCUUAAAAUUCCGUGCCGCAGAUCUUUCGCCCAUUCCUCUCUACUCUCGCACAAAUUCAACACCAAACUUGAGAUCAUCGGCAAUAUGGGUGUUUUCACGUUCGUUUGCAGAGAAUCCGGUUCCGACUGGUCGGCGAAGCAACUCAAUGGAGAUCUUGAGGCUACGGGCGACUGUGCCUUUUCUCUCCAGCGUAACCUCGUUCAGGCCGCUCUCUCCGCCGCCUCCGGCGCCGUCCAAUCCUCCUUCUCCUACGUCACUCCUAAAUCCGCCGUCUUUCAGGUGAUUGUUGGAGGUGGAGGUGGUGGUGCCUUCGUGGGAGGUGGUGGUGCUGCAGCUGCGGCCUCUGGUGGUGGUGGUGGUGGUGCGGCUGCUGAGGAACCUGCAGCUGCCAAGGAGGAAGAGAAGGAUGAAAGUGACGACGACAUUGGAAUGUCACUCUUUGACGAUUAGUUGAUUUAUCUAUCUUAGUGUUUUGGUUAUUUCCAGUUUUGCUCUUUAGAAUUUUGAGUUUUCUGAUGAUAUCCACAUUUCGACUUUACAGUGUUUUGUAUCGUCCGUUUUCCAUCUUUGCCAAGUGAAUUGAGCUGAGUUUGUUAGGUGGGAA